AUGGCCGGUGUUCGCUUUCUUGACAUAGUCAAGCCAUUUGCCCCGUAUCUCCCUGAGGUUACGGGCCCCAAGCGUAAAAUCGCUUUCAACCAAAAGAUUAUGUGGACUGCCGUGGUGCUCAUGAUUUUCCUGGUCAUGAGCGAGAUGCCUUUGUACGGUAUUGUUUCUGCCGACACCAGCGACCCGCUGCUGUGGUUGCGUAUGAUGCUCGCGUCGAACCGCGGUACUCUCAUGGAGCUGGGUAUCACGCCAAUCAUGACCUCUGCCAUGGUGUUCCAGCUCCUGUCGGGAACGGGACUGGUGCAGAUCGACACAAACGACAAAGCCGAUAGAGAGCUUUUGCAGGCCUCGCAGAAAAUGCUGGCCAUCAUUUUGUCGUUUGGCCAGGCCACCGUGUAUGUCAUGACCGGUAUGUAUGGUCCGUCCGCUUCUUUGGGAUGGGGCGUGUGCCUGCUGCUCAUUUUGCAGCUGGUUGUUGCUAGCAUCAUUGUCAUUCUGCUGGACGAGCUCCUCCAGAAGGGCUAUGGCCUGGGAUCGGGCAUUUCGCUGUUUGUAGCCACCAACGUGUGCGAGCAGGUGGUCUGGAAAGCGUUUUCUCCCAACACCAUCAACUCCGGUCGGGGCUACGAGUUUGAGGGCGCCGUCGUCGAGUUUGUUUACCGCAUGAGCACUGGACGCAGCAAGUGGACUGCCUUGGUCGACUCGUUCUCGCGCACCAGCAACCCCAACAUGUCCCAGGUGGUUAUCACGGCGAUUGUAUUCCUGGUUAUUGUCUACCUGCAGACUCUGAAACUGGAUUUGCCCGUGCGAAGCAUCAAGACCCGCGGUCCCCUGGGCACGUUCCCGGUCCGCCUGUUUUACACGUCCAACACCCCCAUCAUGUUGCAGAACGCGUUGACUUCCAACUUGUUUAUGAUCUCCCAGAUGAUUUUCACUCGUUUCCCCGAGUCUUUGUUUUCGCGCAUCAUUGGUACCUGGGACACCCGUCCCCUGACUGGUCAACUGUACGCUGUCGGCGGCAUUGCCUACUACAUGCAGCCCCCGCAGAGUUUCCGUGAGGUCGUCACUGAUCCGUUGCAGCUGAUUGUCUACGUCUGCUACGUCGUGGCCACCUGUGCGGUGUUUUCCAAGACGUGGGUUGACAUCUCCGGUACCUCUCCCAAGGACGUUGCCCGCCAGUUCAAGGACCAGGGCAUUGCGAUUGCCACCGUCCGCGAGGGCUCGACUUAUCGCGAGCUCAAGAAAAUCAUUCCUAUUGCCGCCGCUCUCGGUGGUGUUUUUAUUGGCCUGAUUGCCGUUGUCAGCGAUCUCGUUGGCACCCUAGGCUCUGGAACCGGUAUUCUGCUUGCCGCGACCACUAUUUACGGUUACUAUGAGGCUGCCUUGAAGGAAGGUGGAUUCGUUGAUUUCUAA